UGGCUGCCGAGAAAGCGAUAUAUCAUCAAUUGUAACUUUAUCAAAUAUACUCUUAUGAAGUUUCUACUCGUUCUGUUUUCGUAGUCUUUUGGCGAAGACCAAGCUUCCAAAGAAAUCACUCUAAAUUGCUUUAGCAAUGUCGUCCAGACAGAAUGAUGCAGAACGUUUCCAAAAUGUCAGAUACGACCAGCUACAAGACCUCAAUAAUUUACCACGGUCUAAGAUACAAGAGUUACGUUCGAAGAUAUGGCCAUUUGCAGCUGGCAUCAUUACGGUUUUGAUUGCCUUUUUAAUCUUUCUACUAGUCCAUUCAUCCUCUAUUCAGAAAACAAAGACCUCCCAAGAGAUUGAGGACGAGGAAUGGAACCAUUGCGGCCGCUCCAGCGCUGAUGCUAUGUCCCGCGGUUGUCUCAUGGAACCGAACUUCUAUGGAUGGUUUCCCUCUCGCUGUAUGUUUCCAGAGCUUACCGAGAAGUAUCCCGUUUUCGAAGAUAGGACGUGGUACUCCGACGUAAACCUGACUCAGGAGAUACCAGUCAAAGAUCUCUGGGAGGGGAAGCACAUCAAAAUCUACACCAAGCGGAUGCAUGGGGAACAUUGCUUAUUCCAAUGGAGAAAGCUCCGCUAUGGAAUGGAAAACCAGAAAGAAUUCCUAGACACCAAAACAUUUAGCGCCCAUCACGCAAAACAUUGCGCUGACCAGUUAUCGGAACGUUGCGAGGGCUUACAAGAUAAGACAGAGGUUGAACUAGGGUUCUAUCAUUGUAAGAAAACAAUUUGGUAGUGGAUUUUCAGGGGUUUGUCUUGGCUUUCAGCUUGGGGUUAUGUGGAUUAUACGAAUCUAUACAGCUUGGUGCGAUACUGUGGAUCGAAAAGAAUUAUUACCAUGGUAAGCAAUAGUAGAUAAUGCGAUGUAUCGAAUUUGCUUUUACUGCGUGUCGUGAGUAAAGGUCUUACUGAGCCU